AUUAAUAUUACCUUCACUCUCUUUUACUUUUCGUAGUUUCUUCCAAAGGAUUAGCAUUUAGCAAGAAGGGUUGCUUGCUUUGUGUUAUCUUCUUGACCUCUGUGUUUUACUUUCCUCGAAUGUUACUUAUUAAGAGCAGCAGCAUGACAAAAGCCAAUCAGUCUGUGUAUUUAAACUUCCCCUCGAAUUUCUAAACAGUUGUUGCUAUUUUUGUAUAUUUGGCUUUCUUUUGGAGAUAAGAGGACUGGUAAAAUCUUUGAUUUGAAUCAUGUUCUACUAAGAAGAAUCAGAUCAAGGUCGUGACUGAGACUUAUCAAACUCCGUUUACCCAGUUGGACAAUUUGGACAUAAAAUUUAGAUUUACCCAGUUGCAAAACAGACCCAAAUAUGAAUACAAAGACAUAGGAAAAGGAAGGUUUGGCGGCCUCUUUAUUAUCUCCUCUGCUUCAAUUAGUGUGUUUCUACUUUAUUCAAUCAGAGUCUAUCAAGAAGUGUACGCUUUUCAAGGAACAAAAACAAUGGAUAUUGUUGGUCCGAUUUUCGAGAUUGCAAAAAUGAUAUUUGCUCCAAUUCAUGAAUACUACAAUAAUUAUAGAGGCGCUGAUGAACGUAGGAUAAUUCUCAAGAACAAAUGGCGGGAAUUAGAACGUCGGAAGUUAGACACAGCCUCUAGAAUGGAAGCACAACUUCUUCCAGGAAAGACACCAAAGGAAGAAGUUCAAGGAUGGAUCCAAGAUGUAGAAAUGAUGAAUGAUGAAAUAGAAGCCAUUGAACGCGAAGCUGGAGAAGGGAAGCGUUUCUCACGUGCGCACAUAGGAAAACUUGCUUUGAAGAAGAUAGGAGAGGUGGAAGAACUUUAUCAAAGGGGUGCUUUCACUGAUAGUUUGGUCAUUGAUCCACCUCCAAGCAACGGAGAAAUAAUGUCAACACCAACUUUGAUUGGGGAAAGCACUGCUGAAAGAGUAAAGGAAGAAAUUUGGGCAUGGGUGUUGGAUGAUGAUGUUAGAAAGAUUGGCCUUUAUGGAAUGGGAGGUAUAGGGAAAUCGACUGUCAUGGAGCACAUCAAUAAUCGUCUAUUAAAAGAGAAAAACAAAUUUAACAGUGUCAUUUGGGUCACUGUAUCAAAGUCUUUAAAUGUUAUCCAAUUACAACAUGAUAUUGCACGCAAGUUGGAUUUAGAUCUCGCAAAAGUUGAGGAUGUAAGAGAAAGGGCUGCGAAGUUAAAGGCAAAAUUGGAAGUUAAGAAUAGACAUGUGCUAAUCUUAGAAGAUAUGUGGGAAGCAUUUGCUCUUGAGAAAGUAGGAAUUCCAGAGCCUACUUCAGCAAAUAGAUGCAAAUUAGUAUUGACAACUCGUCUUCUUGACGUUUGUCGAGGAAUGAGUUGUAAGGAUAUUAAAAUGGAGCUUCUUUCAAAAGAGGAGGCACGGAAGUUGUUUUUGGAUAAAAUGGAGCAUGAUGUUUUUAAUAUUCCAAAUUUGAAACCAAUGGCAAAAGAGGUUCUUGAAAGAUGUGCUCAAUUGCCUCUUGCAAUUGUUACAAUAGCUGCAAGUUUCAAACCCUUAAUCAAUGAUUAUGAGUGGAGAGAUGCAUUGGAAGAGUUAAGGACAUCAGUAAUAAGGACCAACAAUAGAGAGGAGCAGGUGCUUGAGACGCUUAAAUUUAGUUAUGAACGAUUGAAAGGUGAGAAACUUAAACAGUGUCUCUUGCAUUGUGCACUAUACCCUGAAGACUUCAAGAUUGACAAACAAGAGUUGAUAGAACAUUUGAUUGAUGAGGGAAUUAUUGAAAGAAUGAAGAAUAGGCAAGCGGAGUUUGAUAGGGGCUAUUCAAUAUUGAGUAAACUUGAAAAUGCUUGCUUAUUGGAAGGUGGAAAUGAUAAUUUUGUGAAGAUGCAUGAUUUGGUAAGAGACAUGGUCCUCCAGGUUGCAAGUCCUGAAUUUAUGGUAGAAGGUCACUUGGGAUUGGAAGAUUUUUCAGAUGAAGGAAAAUGGAGAGAGGAUCUUGUAAAGGCUUCUUUGAUGUACAAGGACAUAUCAACAAUCCCUUCUAAUGUAUCACCCAGGUGUCCUAACCUUUCAACCUUGUUGCUACAAGGUAACAAAUCAUUAAAAAAUGUCCCAGAUUCUUUGUUUGAGCAUUUGCGUAGGCUCAAGGUUCUUGAUUUAUCAUAUACUGCUAUUGAAUCUCUGCCGAAUUCUGUCUUUAGCUUGGAGAAUCUUACUACAUUAAGGCUUAGAUGGUGUGAAAACUUGAAGCAGGUGCCUUCAUUAGCAAAACUUACAGCAUUGAGGAAGUUAGACCUUGAGGGAACAGGAAUUACGGAAGUACCUAAUGGUUUAGAAAUGCUAGUCAACUUAAAAUUCCUCAAUUUGAAUGCGAGUGAACUAAAAGUCAUGCCACUUGGGAUUUUACCGAAAAUCUCUCAUUUACAGUACCUCAUAGUUUAUUGGCAGUCAAUGGCAACAAUAGUGAACGAAGAGGAGAUGGCAAGCUUAAAGGAAUUGGAAACUUUUGCAGGCAUUUUUUGAUGGCGCGGAUGAGUUCAGUAUGUAUAUCAGAUCCAUAGAGAACAGGCGACUUGCAUGUUACCAAAUUCGAGCGGGGAAGUGGGGGGAGGGCUCCAGAAUUUCACCAUCUAUAUUGGUUGGCAAAGGAGUAAAUUUAGUAGGGUGCAAUUUACGAAGAGGAGAUGAGUCCUUAGUGCUACCAAAAGACGUGCAAUCCCUAGAAAUUGCAGUAUGUCACGAUUUAAAAACUUUAUGCGAUAUUCCAUCUUUGAACCACACAAGUGAAUUACAAUGUAUAAAGCUAAGUUAUUGUAGAGGAAUAGAGCACGUUCUUUCUUUUCUUCUUCUUGUACCCUUUCUCUUCUUCAAACUCUCGAGAAAUUAGUACUUGUUUGGUUGGAUAACUUACGCGUAUUGUUUUGGAAAGAGAAAGCUACAUCGGCAUGGAUCCCAUCUGACA